AUGCUUAUCCCCACCAUCCUCCUCGCGGCUGGGUCCGCCUCAGCAGCCACCAUGACCGUCACCGUCGCGGCCAACAACAAAUUCACCUUCACGCCCAACACCAUGACCGCGCAGCCUGGCGACAUGAUCGCCUUCAACUUCGCCGCGCAGAACCACAGCAUCGCGUCUUCCGGCGCAAACACUCCUUGCCAGCCCGAGCGCAACGCCAUAUUUAGCGACUUCCAGCCCGUCGCGGGCCCUGCUGGCGGCGCAGGUGCAGGCGCAGGUGGAAACGCACGCAAAGGCGGCAAGAACAACCGCCGCCAGGCCAACACACCUACGUUCAUGGUCCCCGUGACGGACAACCAGCCCAUGUACAUCUACUGCUCGCAAGCCCAGCAUUGCCAGGCCGGUAUGGUCAUGGUAAUCAACCCGCCCAACGCCCAAGCCGUGCAGCAAUACGCAGCCAAGGCAGCCAAAGCCAAGAACAACGUUAGCCCCCAGGGCGGCGUGAGUGGCGGGCAGAUGAUCAACAAUGCUGCGGGCACGACGCCGGCGAGUGUUUUGGGCGCGAAUGCGGGCGAUGCGGCGAAGGCAGCAACGAAGGGCAAGGGCAAGGCUGCGGGUGGCACGGCGGCGGGGCUUUUGGCGGCGUUGGGUAAGGGGAAGAACAAUAGGAGGGAGGCUAUGGUGGAGAUUUGGGAGAGGCAUGAGGAGGUUACGCAGGUUCAGGGGGAGAAGAGGCAUGAAGCUACUGAGAAGCGUCACGAAGCAACUGAGAAGCGUCACGAAGCAACUGAGAAGCGUCACGAGGCUACCGAGAAGCGUCACGAAGAGGUCAGGCAUAUUGCUGGCGAGAAGCGCCACGAGACUGAAGAGAAGCGUCACGAAGCAACCGAAAAGCGCGGCAAAGGUCUUGACAUCGCUGCAGGUAUCGUCGGUGCCAUCCCUGGAACCGGCGUUGCUUCAGGUGUCCUAAGUGCCAUCCAAGGCGCCGCAGGAGGAAAGGCCGCUGGCGCCGGAGCUGCAGCAGGAGCUGGUGCAGCAGCUAAGGCUGGUGCAGGAAAGGGAGCUGCGGCAGGAGCUGGUGCAGCAGCUAAGGCUGGUGCAGGAAAGGGAGCUGCGGCAGGAGCUGGUGCAGCAGCUAAGGCUGGUGCAGGAAAGGGAGCUGCGGCAGGAGCUGGUGCAGCAGCCAAAGCCGGAGCUGGCAAAGGCGCAGCCGCUCUCGCCGGUGCGGGCGGCGCUGGAAAAGGUGCAGCAGCUUUGAAGGCUGGUGCGGGGAAGUUGGGACUUGCUUGA